AUGUGUGCUUUACCGACUAUUCCACCUGCUCCUUAUCGUACACCACUACUACCGCCAUCUCGUUCCAGCUAUCUCUCCGAUUUUAACCAUCUUAAUAAUGGUAAUUCGGUUGCACCAUCACCUUGUAGUCGUCGGAUACAUUCAAUGCAACGCAAACCACCGUUAGAAGCUGAUACGAAUUUUCAUAAACAACAAACUCAAAUUCGAAUAAAUGUCGCCAGGGUCAAAUUUUCGUUGUUGGUACUAGCGCUAAUGUCCAUUGUAUCAAUCCUUUUUGCAUUCACGUCACUCUUGAGUUUACUUUCUAUUCAAUGGAGAACAACUACAGCGGAAUCAUCCGACUUGGCCACUGACGGUUCAUUGAUGGUGCGCAAUAUGAUGUAUGAAAUAGCUAGUUCGCUAUCUUUGAUCGCUGUGACUACGUCUAUUUCAACUUUCCUUCUAUCAACUUUGCAACUUUUUUUUGCUCUCAAAAUGUUGAAAACAAAUCCGACAUCUAUUAAAAGAGUACUAUCAUUUUUAAGUGGUGGACGUUUUCUACGUUGUAUUAUUUAUACAGCUUGGUUUUUUGCCGUACUUUUCUUCAUAGUAGGUAGCAUGUUACAAUGGAUGCUAUUACCAGGACGAGUUGGUACCAUAUCACGAGGUGUUGGCGCAGCAUUUGGUAUUGCGUCAACUGCGCUUUGUACUGCAGGCCUCAUACAUUGUAUUUAUGUGUGGUGCUCCAACGAUGAUAAGGAAGUCCAAGAAAGCUAUGUAAAUGGUAAUUUGUCAACGCUGGUAUGA